GCGCGCUUGUGUGCACACGUUGAUCGCGUUGAUGCUCACGUGCCGUGAGUUGUAUCACGACCUGCCAUGGGCCAUGCCCAGGUGGUGUCUUGCUGCUUUGCUCAAUCGCCCACGCCAAUCCGUGUGGGAGAGCAAAACCUUUGUGGACAGCUUCCAGCGCCGCCUGCUAUCUUCCCUUCAAGGAACAAGAGCGGCACACAAGGCGCGAGCUGGGCAGCGCCGUCUUCCUGCCGCUGCCGACACACGCAUGGACGACGAUUGGGCUGUUUGGCUUGAGAACCGCUUUCUCGCUUACAGCUGGCUCGGUGUUACGUGGGACGCGACCUGCCCGUUCCUUCGCGCACAGGUGCGAUCCGUUGCAGCGGCUCCCAACAGCAACAACCUCUGGCGCAAGUUCCAGCACUGCGGUCGCAUCUUCUUCUGCGGCUUGGACAAGCUGGAGGCGUGGGCUGCAGACACACAGCAGGCUUCGCAUGCCACAACCCAGAAACCUCGCGAGGAACGUGGCGCAGCACACAGAGCUCACAGAGAAAGUGGGGACAAGAGAGACGCCCUCAUGAUGCAGACUCAAGAACCGUGCGCGCAGCAGCAGACACACGUACUCGAGACAGCAAGCCACGAGAACCAACACAAAGACCUUGGCACUGCGCACAGUAUGUCCACGCCCACGCGCGCACCCACACUCACACCGGCAGUCUUCUCAUUGUACGCAUCCCUGAACAGCCAAGCAGAUGCUGAGCGUUUCCAAGGCCUACGCACGACCGUGUUUGCGAAUGCGCGCGCAGAACACGUCUUCAUUCAGGCACAGGCACCCCUGGCCUCCCUGACGGUGAGCAACGCAGACAACGUUCACAUCAACGCGUGCUCGGCGGUGAUUGACAACUUGGUGAUCCGCGACGUGACACGCGUCGUCUGGCUGCCAGCAACAACACAACGCAGCACCGCAUGCCACCUCAGCAACGUCCAGCAUAUUGACCUGCGCACCAAGAGCACGCUCACAGAAGAUCUGGGCGCAUUUGCCGGAAUCCCGAGCGUUGGCCUUGCAACUGCAAACGAUGACACCGGUGUGGACCUUGCGCCGCUCCAUGGCGUGAAGCAGCUGGAGUUGCCCACCGAAGGCACGGAAGCAGUACGGGGACACUCGGUGUUUCAAGCAGCAGAAACGCUCGUGCUGUCGCACACGAGCCUCACCCCGACAGACACGCUGCCGGUGGCGACCGUUGUCAAACUGUCCCACAUGAGUGCUGUGCCGGAGCUGCUGCAUCUGCCCAACGCCAUCGACAUUGCCCUGGGGUAUGGGUCCAAGGUGCGGCAGUUCACAUGUGCGCCACGCGUCGAGAGACUCGUGAUUCGUGACGCCACGGGCACGCCGCCGUGCAUUCCAAAGUUUGAGCACGCCCAGGUCGUGUGCCUUGCGCUGCCGCAUCUUCACCUGAAGAGCGAGCAGCUGGUUGACCUCAGCAACCGCGUUGACAAGUUGGUACUUCGACGGUUGCUGCGCGUUCCGUAUGAUGCAGACUCGCCGCAUACAAGCACAAGCGUCGUGCGUGGCAUCCCCAACCAUGCGCACGUGUGCCUGGACUGUUUCGAGAUUGACGGACCGGUCCCGCCAUGCGUCAAAGAGCUCCAAGCGCUGCUGGAAGGCAGCGCUUUGCAAGGCAGCUUCGUCAGCCACGUCCCGCGCCUGAGUCUCAACGACAAACGCGGGCACACUCGCAUCAACGACGUGCACUUGCUCUCUGGACGCAAGGUGCUGCAGUUGAUGCAGGUCUUGCUUGAAGGGCAGCUCGCGUCUUGCGAGCAGCUGAGUCUGUGCGGGUGCCGGGGGCGCCUGGGCUUGACAUCCAUUGGGUCCCUCGACCUGAAUGGCGCAGUAGUGACUACUGAGGAUGGCAACGGCGACGGAGACACCAACAUCGAUUCUGGCGAUGGCAGUGACGACAGUGACAACAGGGCACUUGCGGAGACGAAGCUUGUCAUCACGCGCGUGCACCAUGUGACCCUCUGCCGUCUCGAGGAGUGCGACAUCCACGACUUUGGGUGCUUUCAGGACGUGCAGCACCUCACGCUGAAGGAAUGCACUUUCAAGGACCUGGCCAGCUUUCCGCCCGUGCAUGUUCUCUUUUUGCGCAACUGUGAAACCAUGGACGAGGACGGGUGGUGCCCAGAUGCGGUCUUCGUGGACCGCUCGCCGAACGAGAUGGAGCAACUCUUGCUUGCCGAGCGAAGAAGGUGCAGAGCCAUGGGCGCCAGGUCAAUAAACGGGAACGUCCUGAGAAACGCCUCCCAUGUGCACGGCUGUACUGGCCAUCUUGCACACCCACCACAGAGCUGGUUGCACGGUGACGCAUGGACCAUGUAUGCGCACACCGUCGAUGCCCUGCCAACGUGUGGCAGGACCACGGUGUGCGUGAGCGUACUCGCCGCCUCAGGCUGA